GAUUAUUUCGCUGUAUCACAGUCAGUCACGAACGAUGUAUAGCUAAGAGUACAUCGAUUUAUCCAACCAAGAGUCAUUUAUCGUCCAAGAGAGACAAAAUGACCGUCGUGCUAGUGUCUCUGAUUCUUGGAGCGCUUAUAGCUUUUUACUUUUACUUGACGCGAAAUUAUAAGUAUUGGCAAAAACGUGGAAUUCCGUACGUGGAUGGAGCCCUGCCAGGAUUCGGUAACAUGUUGCCGGUGAUCUUAAUGAAGACGGAUAUUAGUGAGUUAUGUCUUAAGAUCUACAAUGAUAACAAGGGUCGCAGCAUGGUCGGUCUUUACGACUUUAUGUCGCCAGCAUUGAUGGUCCUCGAACCCGAGUUAGUGAAAACGAUAGUACAAACCAAUUAUUCAAGUUUCGCUAAAAACGCCAUCGAUAUUGAUCCCAACUUAGAUCCGCUCCUGGCACAUAAUCCCUUCGUCCUUACUGGUGAGAAUUGGGCACACAACAGAAAGCGCAUGACUUACGCAUUCUCCAGUAUGAGAUUGAAGAUGCUGCUCGAAAGUGUUAAACAAGUGUGUACAACGUUUGAAAAUUACAUGAAUGAAAAGCUGAACAAUAACCAGACAGAGUUCGAACUGAAGAACUUGUUCGCCAGGUACACCGCACAGGUGGUAGCCGCUGCUGGUUUCGGCGUUGAUGGAUUCUGCUUCGACGACGAGAAAAAGGACAUGUCCUUCAAGAAACUCGGACAAGCCAUUUUCGAGCCGUCUUUACGAAAUUCAAUCGUGUUUGCUGUUACGUUUCUCGUGCCAUCGUUAAACAAAAUCUUUAAACUAGGCGUCAUUCCGAAGCACGUAGACAAUUUCUUUAGGACACUGGUUACAGAACUCAUGGAGCAAAGAAGAAAGGACGGAAUACCUAGAAACGAUUUUCUCCAUUUGAUGGCUGAACUAGAGCGAGCAGAGGGUGAAAAAUUCGAUAAUGAAAUGCUCACGGGUCAGGCAAUGUCAUUCGUUCUCGAUGGCUACGAAACGUCUAGCAGUGUUAUGAGCUUCGUCGGAUUUUAUUUGGCUUGUUAUCCAAAAAUACAAGAGAAAUUACGCGAGGAAGUGAUAUCCGUGCUCAACAAAUAUGAUAGUGAAAUUACGUAUGAAGGCUUGAAGGAGAUGACAUACAUGGACCAGGUCAUCAAUGAAACGAUGAGGUUGGUCCCCGCAGCAUUGUUGAUGAAGAAACGAUGUACGGAAGAGUUCGAAUUGAAAGGAUCCGAUGGAGUUGUCUGUCGCGUGCCACCUGGAAUGACGAUUUUUAUACCAGUUCAAGCUCUCCACAAAGAUUCUCAAUACUGGGAAAAUCCGGAAGAAUAUGAUCCUGAAAGAUUCAACUCGGAUAGAAAAUCCAACAUCGAUAGAUUUACCUUUCUUCCAUUUGGCGAAGGCCCGCGAAUCUGUGUGGGCAUGAGAAUGGCCCAGCUACAGGUAAAGGCAGGUUUGGCUAUGUUCGUGAGAAAAUGCAAGCUGGAACUAUCCCCGAAAACGCAAAUGCCUUUAAAGUUGAUUCCUGGCACCAUAUUACCAACACCAAAAGGCGGUCUGUGGGCCUAUUGUCGGCAGCUUUAAACAUCUUCUUUUAAUUUUUUUUAAUUU